CGACCUAAGUCGGCCGAGGCCACACAAACAAGAGCUCUGGCUCGGUUCCCCGUUCGUUUGCAGCACCAGCCACCGCAAUAUUCGGACGGGACGGUCUGAUUUUCGAAUUGACUUUUACCGAGGGGUUUUUUAUUAUUUUUUAUGAUGCAGACCAGGAUCCAAUCCGUUUGUACAGACACAUACCUUGCUUAUCUUGCCCUCGAGCCGAGAGCUCACCGUCGUUAUAUCGAGCAGCAGGUAUUAUGUUGUUGAGGUGGGAAGCUCAGCCACCUUCUUUCCCCCCUACACUUCCCCGAUGUUGUCCGCAAAAUACCUUGCAGUUGUUGUAUCUGCCUACAUACUUCCCUACCCACUUAGUCGCGGAAGAUGAUCGCACGGUGAGGGGCGGUGCAAAUAAGCUGCAGCAUUUCCGAGUCGUGGCCCGUUCUGUGGGAUCCAUCCAUCAUGCCGACCGCCUCUUUUAUUUUUAUUUUUAUCCUGUUUCCCACUCACGACCGGCUCGUCAUGGUCCAUGGACCUCACCAGCCAGCAUACGCGGGACUGUACUCUGUACAACACACACCGCAUCCCCUCCCCUCCUGCCCUUCUCCAUCGCGGCCGUUAGUACCCGGCCUGCAAGUCAGGCACAGUAGGCAGGUACUGUAGUCUGUAGGUACCUUAAUAGGUACCUACCCAAGUAGGUAGGUAGGUGGUAGCCAACCGGCACCCCUUCACUCGAGGUGUCUUGCCUUUUGCCAUGCGGUGUGCUAGCCUAAUCGAUGAUCCGCCUGGUCUAGCUGCGGAAGGAAGCAACGAGAAUAGAGCCCACAGCGGGAAUACCAAGAUACCUAAGGAUACUUCUACGAACGCAGAACAGAUUCACUCAUGAUCCCAGUAAGCCUUGCUUUCUCUCUCCCCUUCGCUCUCUCUCCGCCCAAGCCGCCCCCAAUCCUGGUCCAACGCCCAUGGUGCUAAGCCCAACUGGGCGAGCGAAUGACGCCGUAACACAACCCGUCAACCUCGCCAUUUUUCCCAACUCGAAGCUUCCGGAUGGAGCCCAUUCUCGUUCUGCCUCUCUCACUCUAGCUUUCCUUCUCCAUGGUGCCUGAGUCACAAGAAAACUCGAGAUCUUUUUCUCGUCUCCCCAUUCUCGCGCCUCAUCUCUUGUCUGCAUCUCUUCGCUGCAUCGGUCCCAGCCAACCCCCCUCCCUCUUUUUCCUGGGCCCUUCAUCCUAUACUACUAUCAGCAACCUCACCUCGGUGACUGACUUACUGCUUGCUUCCGUGCUCUUGCUUGCAUACGGCCGGCUUCUCUUGCGCGCGCGCGUGUCUGCAUUGCAUUGGCUGCUAUGGCAUGCUGCAUGUCUCUAACGCCCGGCCAUUAUUACUCUACCGCACCGCUACUUGCAUCCUGCUCUAGUCUAUCAAAGUAGCUUGUAUUAGGUAUUCUUUCGCGCCAGCUUUGCUCUCCCCGCAGCCGGCCGGCGGUACCACGACUCACCGGUCUUUGCGCUCCAAGGCUGUUCCCAACUGCAGCUCCCACUUGGUAGUACCGAGUUCAAAAUCCCAGCAACGAACGACAGGCGGAGAGUAGCCUUGUCGCUAUGCCUACUGCACCAUAUUGGGGCGAUCUGUCAGGCCCCAAGGCGGCCAGACGCCAGCGUCGCCAGUCGGAAGACUUUAGUCUCCCGGAUCGCAUGUCACCAGAUCUGGGGGGGCCCUCAACCGCCACGUCUGCGACAGACAAACCUCUUCCUCCUCAUCCCACAAAGUCAAACCGCACCUCAAUGCAGACCACCAACACCGAGGCUGUCACCGAGUCGACACUCAGUCCAUACGCCUCGCCCACUGCCUCCAACUUCGCCGAUCAAGGCCUGGCCCCGCGCCCACCGACCUUCCCAUACGGCGAGUCCCAAUACCCAGACAACCAGGCUGAGAGGCGCCAGCGAAGACGCAGAGAGCGCAACAGCGAGACCGAAGGCGAGGGCGAGGGCGAGACAGAUCGCGAGUACCUCUCCGGCCCGACGCCUCCCUCCGCCCCUGACGUGCCCAAGGCCCCGCCAGUGAGCUUCAGACAUCCCUACGGCAAUGCUGGCCUGCCAUACGUACAUACAUCCCCAGGACCAACUCGCCUUCCGCGACAGCCCAGUCCGCUGGUGAACCCGGACGACGAGAUGAACCCUGAAGAGUACUAUAAGAACCCUGCGCCUGAAGAAAGCCAGCAGCAGCAGGACUACCCGCCUCUCGACCGCUCGCAGCGCACGCUCGAAACUGCCGCCGACACGCGGCCGCCUCGAGACCCUCGCGACCCUCAGAGUUCCUCGAGGAGGAGAUCCACGGGCGGACCUGGCAGAGAUGCGCAAGGGCGAAAGGCGUCAGUGGGGGGAGGACCUAGCAGAAAGUUCGCCAACGACCGCUCUCCACUCCAGAGGCUUGAGCUGACGCUCGAUAGCAUCACCAAAGAGGAGAAGCGAGCUCGUGUCGAGGCCGCUGAGCGUCGCGCCAGAGAGAAGGCUGCAGCGAAAGCUGCUCGGAACCCAGAUCUCUUGCAACCUCCCGAAGUCACACAGCGGGCGCCGCCGCAGCACCGGCAGGAAUCUCUGCCCAAGCAAGAGCCUCAACGACCCCUUCCAGAGCCGCCUCGACAAAACCAACAGCCCCUACCCGAAGUGCAACAGGUCCAGCAUGUAGCGGUCCAGCAAGUGCAGGUGCACCAGGCCCCGGCCCAGCAGGUGCGGUUCCGAGACGACGGGGUCGAAGAUGACCGUAGAGGACAACAGGCCAAUGUUGCCGCUCCACGCGGAGCCCCGGUGCAAUACUACCACGAAGAUGACAGAAGAUAUGCGCCACGCCAGUCGCUCGAUGACAGGCGACAACAACCACAGUAUGCGCCUGAAAGCCACAGGCGCCAUGCGUCUGGGCCAUACCCGCCAAGAGGACAUUCUAUGGCUACCGUCGAGCCAAAGCACCCUCCCGAUUCAUCCGGCGUUCCGCAGAGAAGCGUUAGCCUUCGCGAAGCGUCUCGCGAGCCGCCUGCGUCAAGUGCGGGAAUUCCUAAGCGCAACCUGAGCUUCCGCGAGCGCGCCGCAAAGAAUGAUAUGAAGCUGCCGCAAGCUGCGGAGGAACCUCGGGACGCAGAGGCAAGUCCACAGCCCACGCCACCCGUCUCCGGCUCUCGGCGGCCUAGUUUCUCUCUCACCAGAAGCGGGAGCAACAAGCUGAAGAAGCAGCCGAAGGGCGAUCCGUGGUUCAACGUCCGGAAGGAAGCGGAGAAGAAGUACGAAAACAUUGAGUUCCGGAACGCCGCUUUGGAUCAGUCUGCGGCAGAAAAGGGCGGCCCUCCCGUGCAAAGGUCCAUGUCACAUGCUGGGCGCGAACAGGCAUUACCCUCGGAUGCACCUUCGCAGGAGGUCAGACGAGCCGGGAUGCCCAGUAAGGCUGCGCGGUUAAUUGGUAUUGACUUCGGCGGAGUUCAACGUCGGUCUACCGCCCCAGCGGCUCAGCAACAUGACUACGACGAGUCCGAUGACGAUGACCCUCGAUUCAACAAUCCUCGCGGUGCGCCUGUAGCCCCGCACGGGCACAGUGACAACGAUCACCGGGCAAUCCAAGCGCAAGCCGGGGCGCGCGGAAGACCCAGUGACAGGGAGUACUACUCAGAGGAUGAUGGGUUCAGCGACGACUCCCGGGAUCUGUAUCCUGCAAAGAAGACAUUCCGCCCGGGCGAAGGCAUUUACAAGCCGCCUGUGUAUCUUGAAGAGUGGAAGAAGGCAACAGUCGGCAGCCUGUCUGGUGCCAUGCUGGACCUCAGUGACGAACGGCUCGCUUCGUUGGAUCAGGACACUCCCUGGUGGGAGGGCGGCAAGCGCAGAGGCAGCACCUCAAGGCCACGCAAGGCAGAAGCCUUUGAUGGCGAGUACGAUGACACACACGCCCCUACACGGUUUAAGCCGCCGUUGUUUCUAAAGUGCGGUCCGCUUUUGAGAUAUUGCGGACUGAAGCAUGAAAAGGUUCCCGCUCGCAACAGGAACACUGCCGUUAACGAGAGAACGAUCUGGCGUGGUUCGGUGAUGAUUGUUACGCUGGACAGCGACUCUUCGUACGAGAUUGCGCCGACCCUGAGACUUUUCGUGCAGCCCAUUGAGCUGCUUCCCCCUCCGCCCCAGGAGAUCUCAGGUGAGCAGGGGCUGCCGCCGGAAUACGUGGAUCCGAUCGCUGGAAUCCCGAAGCUGGGCAGACGAGGAGAGACCCUUUACGUCCGUCCAGUCGAGCAUCUCGAGGAGGCCAAGGACCUGUCCAGAGAUGAGACAGACAAUGGCCUUUUCGAGAAGACCAGAAGUCCAUCUGACUACACCCCAGUAGACGGCUCGCCCGAUUUGCCUGGGUCCUUUGCCAGCCGUCGAAAGCGCGUAGAAAUCGAUGGGGAGAAGGUUUCCAAGUACAAGGACGUGCGCGGUUUCCGGCUGCACGCGGAGCGAGGAUGCACAUUCUGGCGCUUCAACAUCGAGAUUGAGCUCCGUGAGAACCAGCAGCGGAUCGCAUACCGGAUCAACAGAGGUCCCGCGAUGGGCUUUUGGGUCCCUGCCCUCGGGGAUUCCAUGAACAUCAUGUUCCACAGCUGCAACGGGUUCAGUGCUAGCGUCAACCCUGACGACUUCAGCGGCCCCGACCCCAUGUGGCGCGACGUCCUCAACACCCACCAGUCACAGCCUUUCCACGUCAUGAUUGGCGGAGGUGACCAGAUCUACAACGACUGCUUGAUGGAUCAGAGCAAGCAGUUCCGCGAGUGGCUGAUGAUCAAGAACCCUCUGCAUAAGCACAACUCACCUUUUACGCCAACAAUGCAAGACGAACUGGAGCGGGCCUACCUCGAGCGGUACUGCAUGUGGUUCUCUCAGGGUCUCUUCGGCCUGGCCAAUUCCCAGAUACCCAUGGUCAACAUGUGGGAUGAUCACGACAUCUCGGACGGCUUCGGCUCGUAUGCUCACCACGAUAUGAACUCGCCAGUUUUCUCUGGUCUCGGCAACGUUGCUUACAAGUACUACAUGUUGUUCCAGCAGCAGAGCAUCCCCACGGAGACGGAGGCUUCUGAGCCCAGUUGGGUCCUCGGCAGCACACCUGGGCCUUACAUCAACGAGCUGAGCCGCAGUCUGUUUGUGGAGUUGGGCUCCAAGAUUUCUCUGCUGGCUGUUGAUGGCAGAACAGAGCGGACAGAACUCGACGUGGUCAGCGAGCCUUCAUGGCAGAGAAUCAUGGACCGUUGCUACGACGAGCUGAGGAAUGGGCGGACCGAACACCUACUGGUGCUUCUCGGUGUCCCGAUAGCCUACCCCAGGUUGGUGUGGUUGGAGAAUAUUCUUACAUCGAGAGUGAUGGAUCCCGUCAAGGCUCUGGGCAAGCUCGGUAUGCUCGGCAAUACUCUGAACCAUAUUGACGGCGGCGUCGAAGUGCUCGACGACCUGAACGACCACUGGACUGCCAAGAACCACAAGAAGGAGCGGACCGUCGUCCUACAGGACAUGCAGGACCUGGCGGCAGACAAGUCCGUGAGAGUCACAUUCCUCAGCGGCGAUGUCCACCUCGCUGCCGUCGGCCAGUUCUACGCCAAUCCCAAGCUUGGAUUGCCCAAGCACAAGGACUUCAGAUACAUGCCCAACAUCAUCUCUUCGGCCAUCGUCAACACUCCGCCUCCUGAUCUCAUGGCGGAUAUUUUGAACAAGCGUAACAAGAUACACCACUUUGACGAGUCAACCGAGGAAGACAUGAUCCCUCUGUUCCAGCACGGUAUCGAUGGCAAGGCGAGAAACAACAAGCACCUGUUGCCUCAUCGCAACUGGUGCUCCAUCCGGGCGUGGACUCCUGGCACUACGCCGCCGCCCACCCCGCCGCUGUCGGCUUAUGAUAGAAGCCCGAGCCCACCGGCGAGCCGUGGUCUUCUGAGACGGUUUUCGUCGAACCGCGGCCCUGCAUAUCGCCCGGAUAUCCAGCGGGAUACCCGCGACGAGUCACGGUCACGGCCCCCGAUAUCCAACAAGGGCAAGACUGGCGGUCUGUUCCGCAGUCUUUCUCGCAGCAACUCGACCGACGGAGGUCGACCUACUGAGCCCUCCAAGCCAAAGCGCUCAAUGUCGUUGACUCGCAACUUCUUCAGUCGCCGGGGCAGCAAGAAGUCGAAACCCGACGACGGUGGUAUAAACGGUCAGUGGGGAGACGAAGACAGGGACGACGAGAGUGUGGACGACGGGUUCUACGGGUACGAAGACGAAUACGACCGCGGGCCGGCGCCUAGGUCCAGGGGCAUGGGUCUUCGGGGCGGCGGUGACGAUGAGUACCAGACUGGCGAUGACUCUUACUUCACAGCUCGUCCGGCAGCGCGGAUGAGUGGGGUCCCUAACAAGGCAGUCCCCCGGGCCCAUGCCGAGUUCCAGCCCGGCGACGAACCCCACUUUUCUGCCCGCGCGCCGGCUCGUUCUUACACUAUGGGCGAUGAACGCCAGGUUCCCAGGUCGCAAGACUCGCUGGCGCGCCCGAAACCAUUCCACCGUACUCCGACGGGGUUGUCGGCCAAGCAGAAGAAGAUGGAUGGCUUAGAAGUGGAUCUCGAGGGUGGUUUGGACAUUUGCCUGAACGUUGAGGUCAACCAGAAGGAUCCUGCCGGCAUCACAGUGCCAUACCGGCUCCUCGUGCCCCGUCUCGUUUGGGACGACGCCCGAGAGGCCGCCAAUCUGCAACCGCCUGCUCCGGCAGGAUUCAAGCGGCUGUUCAGUUUGAAGAAGAAGGAGGCCGGCGUCGUGCCACCUCAGGGUCUGGCGUCCGACGCCCAGUUUGAGGAUCCUGUCAAAGAGCAGCCAGCGGCACCUCCCGCCGGACGGGAGCCUGUCUAUGAUGCGCCCCCCAGAAAUGCGAGGUAUGAAUCGCCUGGGGGGUAUGAUUCAGCUCGUACGCACGACUCGUCUGGGCGAUACAAUUCGCCCGCGAGGUACGAGGCGCAAAGUGCCAGACACGGGAGAUGAGAGGGCUACGCAUGAUGACGGCAUGAGGUUUUAAUGAGGACCGUUUUCCUUUCUUUUCUUUUUUUCCUUUUUCUCCAUACGACGAUAGGUAUCGGAGUUGGCAUUCUACACAUAGUUUCUGAUUCGAAGCAUGACACAUUGGCAUCGCGAAGGAGUAGGGCUGCAAACAGGGACACAAAAGCUUUGGAUUGCCGAACUCCAGUUUGGGAGGGGUUUCAGCAUUUUUCUUCGACGCCUCUAGGUUGAAUGACCCUUACGUUAGUAAUGACGAUCAUGACUUGAACCUUCUGAGAUGUGGUGUUCUGACGCAGCAUGGAU